AUGAAGAACCUGGCUGCUCUGGUCCUUCUCUCCGUGAUCUGCUCAGUGUCUGGAUCCAAAUGUUACCUCUGUGGUGUGACAGACUCUCAGCCCUGCACCAGGACUGUGGAGUGUGGCUUCAACCAGACUCGCUGCUUCAGAAGCGAAGUGCUCGGUUUGGUGACUCAGGGCUGUGUAAUGUCCUCUCUCUGCCAGACCCUCCUGAUGUCCUGCUGUGACGGACACCUGUGUAACUCCUCCCCUUUCCCAUCAGCCCCGCCUCCUGCCGUCCUGAUGGGCCUCACCGCUGCCCUCUUCACCGUCGUCUUCUGA